GGCGGGCGCUUCCGGGUGGAAGUGUGGGUACUGCAUCUCCUGGACCUUAUUGCCGGUUAUUGGGGGCCACAGGACCCUCCUCCCCUGGGGGGAAGUCUCCAAGUGACCCUUAGGUAUACAUUAAGGCUGCGGCUGGUGAACGGUUCCCGCGAUGGAUGCCUCUACCCCCGGGCCCGGCGGAGUCGUGUCGGAUGUUGUGUUCGUGAUAGAGGGGACGGCUAACCUGGGACCUUAUUUCGAGUCGCUGAGGAAACACUAUCUCCUACCGGCGAUAGAAUAUUUUAAUGGAGGCCCCCCAGCAGAGACCGACUUUGGAGGGGACUACGGCGGCACUCAGUACAGUCUCGUGGUCUUUAACACCGUGGACUGCGCUCCGGAGUCUUACGUUCAGUGUCAUGCCCCUACAAGCAGCGCCUACGAGUUCGUCCAGUGGUUGGACAGCAUUGUGUUUAUGGGUGGAGGAGGCGAAAGCUGCAGUCUCAUCGCAGAAGGACUAAGCACAGCCCUACAGCUAUUUGAUGACUUCAAAAAAAUGAGGGAACAGAUAGGUCAAACGCACAAGGUGUGCAUCUUGAUCUGCAACUCGCCUCCGUAUCUUCUGCCGGCUGUAGAAAGCACAACCUAUUCCGGGUACACAACAGAGAACCUGGUUCAGAAGAUCGGAGAGAGGGGUAUCCACUUCUCUGUCAUUUCUCCGCGCAAGCUGCCUGCUUUGCGGACGCUGUUUGAGAAAGCCACGCCGGUGGGUAUGAUCGAACCACAGCCAAAGGACUACAGCCAGGACCCUCGACACAUGAUACUUAUCCGAGGCAUGGUUCUUCCCGUUGGAGUUACAACUGCCCCAGGCGUCCCUCCACCCAAACAAGCCAUUCCACAGCCACAGAUCCCAGUGGUACAGCCUCCGCUCCUUGCUGCCUCCUCGCAUCAGCUGCCUCCCGUCCAGCCUCCAUACAUGCCCAACACGAUGACGCCGGCCCAUGCCGCUGCACAGAAUGCAGUUGAAGCGGCAAAGAUCCAGAAGAAUGGCAUCCAAAACCGUUUUCCAGGUCUUAACCCAAUCCCGCCGGCUCCAGCUGUGGGUCCUCCAUUCAGCCAGCCCCCGGCUCCCACGUUGCCUCAAGAACAACCGGCAAAGAUGGCUCCUUCCACUGCUUCCUUGAUCACUCCAUCCUCCCAGCCCAGUUUGGUCUCCACUGUUACCACAGGACCUGGACCUGCCACGGGGCUACUAGCUCAGCAGCCGGCCCAACAGCAGCCUGUCCCACAGCCCAUGCCGGGCCCCGGAGCACCAGGGGGUGGCGCGGCCCCACAACCUACAACAUCUCAAAUCGGAGCCCCCCAGUUACCCGCUACGCAGCAGUCGGUGACCAACAAGAUGUUGGCAUGGAGCGGAGUACUGGAGUGGCAGGAGAAACCAAGACUAGCUUCUGUCGAUACAAACGCCAAGCUUACCCGGUCUCUCCCCUGUCAAGUUUAUGUCAACCCUGGUGAAAAUCUGAAAACAGAUCAGUGGCCUCAGAAGCUGAUCAUGCAGCUCAUCCCGCAGCAGCUGCUGACUACAUUGGGUCCCCUGUUCAGGAACUCUCGAAUGGUGCAGUUCCACUUCACCAACAAGGACCUGGAGUCUUUGAAGGGUCUGUACCGUAUCAUGGGCAAUGGAUUUGCAGGGUGUGUACAUUUUCCUCACACCACCCCGUGUGAGGUCCGUGUUCUCAUGCUUCUUUACUCCUCCAAAAAGAAGAUCUUCAUGGGUCUGAUCCCCUACGAUCAGAGCGGGUUUGUCAACGGCAUUCGGCAGGUGAUCACAAACCACAAGCAAGUGCAGAUGCAGAAGAUCGACCAGCAUCGAAACAUGGGAGCAGCUCAGUCUAUGGCUACUGGGUCUGUACCAUCCAACCCUCAAGCUUUUCUACCCAAACAGCCUGCUUCACUUCCAGUGGCACAGGCGGUACCGCAACAGAUGGCAGGUCAGCAGCUAGCGGCCGGCAUGCAGUCCGUGAACCCGGUCACCAUGAUGGACGAGCAGCAGAGGUCACAGAAUCUGCUCCACGUCCGAGUGCAGCAACAGCAACAACCCCAACAAGCGGCCGCCCAGCCCCCACCGCAGGUCGCGCAGGGUACGGUGCAGGCACCGGGUCAGCCACAGAAUUCACAGCAAGGACCGAUGCUAAGGCCGCAGAACCCCGGCGCUAAUCCCCAGCUACGCAAUCUCCUCCUCAGCCAGCAGCCGCCGCAGGCCAAUGUGCCCCAGACCCAGCAGCCUCUGCACCACCUGCAGCAGGCCACGCAAGGCAUGCUUCCCCUCCAGGCAAUGGGACAGCAGAUGCAGCACCAGGCCCCGGGCCAGCCGCAGCUCCAGAUGCCCGGACAGUCCCUCAUGCAUCAGGCCCCUGGGCAGCAGUGGGGCAAUCAGAUGACCCAGAGGGCGCCUAUGCCAGGAGGAGGAAUGAUGAUGAACGCCGGCCCCCGAGGACCCGUCCCACAGCCUGGACUACAGCAAGUGCCGUCACAAAGCGUCAUGGAAGAAGACAUCUUGCGGGAUCUCAUUUGAACUUUAUAUGUAG